UGGCUGGAUCAUCUAAAGCACCAGUUUUCUCGAUCUCAGAGGAAGAACACCCCGUGCGUGGUUGCUUGGCUUGGAUUCCUCUGCUCUGACGAGCAGUCUCUCUGUGCAAGUGUAAAAGUAGCUUCCAUUGGCGAAGUUUCAGUGAGCGGAUAGCUCUGCUGGAUUGCAUCGUUCCCUCCUUUUGCUCCAGUGCGGUAGCGAGGGGGCGCGCCAGCCGUGGUGGCCAGAGUGCCCUCGUUGGCCCAUGACCACAAUGGGCCAAGGUGGGGAGCCGUAGCUAGUGGGGUAAGACUUGGAUCGCGAGGACUUGAAAGCAGGGUAGUACGCCGUCGUUGAAACCUGGAGCAGAGGCUCUACUUCUAGAUAGAAGAAGUUUGCAUUUGCUGCGCCAGUUGAGAGUUGUGGCUGGACUCAUUUGGACGCGAGUGGGGUGUGCUCUCUUGAAGAUAUUUUUGGGACUUUGAGGGAAAAACCAUUUGUUCAGACUCGUUAGUGUUGUUUGGCGUCAUGGCACCCCUCAAGUCUCAGAUUCAAAAUGCUUUCAAGUUGCACGGAUUCCAACUUCGUCUGGAUGCCAGUCGGCUCAUGGAGCAGCUUUUGACCCCUCUUGAAGCUCGGGAGGCCACUGUGUGGGUGGACAAAGUCUUGGACGCUCUGGUCAAGAAGAAUCUGGAUUCGGUGGUGGUGGGAAAAGACUUAAUUGCGGCCGUGGUUCAGGAAUGCUCUAACAGAGAAGCAGGCCUGACUGAUGAAAAGCUCCUCCACAUUAUUGGAGCCUACGAUGUUCCUCGAUUCUCCUAUUCUGUGGAACGGAAGAAGUACUUGCCUGAUGCUUCACUGGGGCUACCUGAACCCAAGCUUUACGCUGAUGCGGAAAGCAAAUCUGAAAUGUUCAGAGCUAGAUAUCAAAUGCUGCAACAAAGAACUGCCCGUCAUGGGCUUUUUGCUCCCACGGGUAAUGCAGGAACCGUGGAACCCUCGAAGAAAACGUUUCGUCUCAAGACGAUCGAGUUUUUACUGGGCACAACGGCCAAGCUGACGGACGUGAUCAUCUUAGGAAUGGUGACUCAGAUCAAACAUGGAAAUUAUUCUUUGGAAGAUCCAACUGGAGUGAUCACUUUGGACCUCAGCGAGACCAAGUUUCACACGGGCCUUUACACGGAGAACUGCUUCGUCUUGCUGGAAGGAUGGUAUGACGAGGAAGUUUUCCAUGGUACUGCUAUGGGAUUCCCACCGGCCGAGACUUCAGAAACGUCCCGAACCUACUUCGGUAGCCUUAACUUUUUCGGCGGGCCUUUAGAGACUUGCGCCAAGAAAAGCGAAAAGCUCUUACAGAUCGAGAAACGCAACAUUGACGCCAUGUUCGUGUUUCUCUCCGAUGUUUGGUUGGACAAGCCCGAUGUCAAUGAGAAACUAGGAAGAUUGUUUGCUGGCUACAGCGCUAUGCCACCGACGGCCUUCGUGUUGAUGGGUAAUUUUCUCUCUUCUCCCUACGGGAGUGACCAGGCUAAAGUUCUUAAGGAACAUUUUAAAGCUUUAGGGGAAAUGCUGGAAGAAUUCCCAGAGCUGGUCGAGCAUUCUAAAUUCAUUUUCGUACCCGGACCGUCAGAUCCUGGUUUUACCAAUAUCUUUCCUAGACCCUCCAUCCCCAAGUUCAUUUCAGAGGAUCUGGUUAAAAAGCUCCCUUCCUCGGAGUUUGUCACGAAUCCCUGUCGGAUUCAGUAUUGCACCCGCGAAAUUGUCCUGUUCCGGGAGGAUAUUGUCACCAAGAUGUGCAGGAACUGCAUUUAUUUCCCCGAAAGCGGAGACAUUCCAUCCCACUUUGGUAAAACACUCGUGUCUCAAGGGCACUUGACGCCUCUGCCCAACCAUAUUUGCCCUAUUUAUUGGGAUUACGAUCGAUCCAUGUAUCUUUAUCCAUUGCCGGAUUUGGUGGUGGUGGGCGACAAAUUUGAUCCAUUUGCCGCGGAACAACUGGGAUGUCGGAUCGUAAAUCCUGGGUCGUUUGCCAAGAACGAGUUCUCUUUCAAGACUUAUUUGCCACAUUCCGGGGUUAUAGAAGAUAGCCAAAUUCCGAACGAAUGAUGGCGAACCACCGUACAAACCAACGCUUACGCUUAAAACUGUAUUUAAAGUGCCUUAAUGUCGUAACUAUAUAUACCAAUAUGAAAAAUAGGUUCAUCAUAA